AUGAAAAAGAGUGUGAUGAGAGGAAGCAAAUGUGUAAGAAAGGCAGUGCCUUACCACAUACAUUUGCCAGUAAUGGCUGUGAUGGUUCAACAAACAGAAGGAAUGCGUGAUAUCAUUACAGAUAAACACGUGUGGCAUCUGAGUGAUAAAGCCAUCAAGAAUGUCUGUAAGAAGCACGUGAUAGAGCAAUGGAAAAGGAUUUGUUCUACGCCAUGUUUACUUGUUUUUGUUCUCUCAAUGUCUCAAUACUGGGAUAAACAUGUUGGAAGCAGUCGACUCCUUCAGGUUCUCUCAACUAUUAAAACAAAUGGGCAUGCUAACUGGAGCUAA